CAGGACAGCUGAUAACAUCAUUAUUUAUCUUCAAUGACAACAAGUUGGGGACAUAUCUCGACUAAACGUGGACAGAGACGGAUUGUAAAACCAGCAGUGUUAUUCCACAGUGUGGCCAUUAAACUUCAUAGGAAGUCAACAAAACCUAUCGGCCUCAAUAUUAUUUGCAACACUUCUGAGAGUGUGGUUUGGACUGUAAUUAUUGCCAUCUCCUUUUGCCAAUUGAUAUAAACUACGAGGCGUCUCUUGACAAUGUCUGGCUCACAGAUGAAACAAAAUGGUGAACAUGUUCCAAAGGAAGUAACCGCUAUUCUGGAUGCAUUACAUCUAACAGACGAAGUUCAGCAUGAACUCAUAGCAGUUUGCCAGCGCUCUUUUGAUUUAGGACUACAGCCAGAGACACACGAAGACGCAGCGGUCAAGAUGCUCAUAUCUCAUGUGCGAUUAAUGCCCAAUGGCACAGAGAGGGGUAACUAUUUAGCCCUGGACAUGGGAGGAACUAAUUUCCGUGUCUUGCUGACCAAAUUCACUGGUGAAGGUAUAGAGGUUGCUGCAGUUGAGAAGUAUCACCUACCGCAUGACGUCAGAACUGGAACUUCAGAUCAGUUUUUCGACUACAUUGCAGACAAGCUGGAUCACUUUAUUAAGACGCACUUUGCCAAAUGUGAAUCUGUGACCUUCCCACUGAGUUUUACGUUUUCUUUUCCCAUGGAGCAACGCCGAUUGGAUUCAGCCGAUUUGCUGAUCUGGACCAAGGAUUUUGCCGUAGAUGGCGUCGUUGGGAAAGACGUAGUUGCACUACUACAGAAGGCAAUAGCUAAAAAGAGCCUGAAGCUUCGCACUGUUGCUCUGUUAAAUGAUACAGUUGGAGUCCUUAUGGCUGGGGCGUACUAUGACAAUGACUGUAAGAUUGGCCUUAUUGUAGGAACCGGUUACAAUGCAGCAUACGUCGCGCCAUUGAGUGAAGUGACAAGGUGGACAGGGGACAAUGACGAACCACAACAAGUCGUCAUUGAUACCGAGUGUGGUGCCUUUGGUGACGAUGGCUCCCUCGACUUCAUGAGGGCAGAGUUUGAUUUCGACCUGGACAGCCAGACUUUAAAUAAGAGAAACCAAAUAUACGAGAAGAUGUUUUCCGGCAAGUACAUGGGAGAAGUUGCACGUCUCAUUCUAAUUAAACUAGCUCAACAAGGGGUUUUAUUUGAAGGCAAGGUACCAGACACAUUGCAACAACAAUGGGUAUUCACAACGUUAUUCGUCUCGGAAAUCGUGGAAGGGGAUUCUGGUGUUCAGCAUUCUCAAUCUCAGCGUAUUCUAAAAUCCAUGGGCGUUGACAAUCCGUCUACAGUUGACUGCAAACUCGUGUACAAAAUCUGCUGCAAACUUACCGAACGCGGCGCCAUUUUGGUUGCCGCAGCCAUUGCUGCCCUGCUGAUCCGCGUCAAGAAGAGUCCCGUCUGCGGUAUCGGCGUGGACGGCAGUUUGUUUAACGAGUUCCCGACAUUCCGGAACACGAUGGUAAAGAAAUUGGAGGAGCUGUCGCCGGAGUACAAAGCGAGAUUUCUGGCGGUUGACGAUGGCAGUGGGAUCGGCGCAGCUGUUGUGGCUGCGACCGUUAGCAGGCAGAGCAACAAGUAAAUGUAUAACAAACAUAAACGUCUACAAGUAAUUGAAAUUAAACAUUUCAUGUAAACUAAAAAGGGCCCAAUUUCAACGAGUUGCAAUAAUCACUAAGUAUUAUUUAAGCAAUUUUACCUGAUUAGUACUAUAGGUUACCAGUCAUGAACAUUACAUGGCAUUUUCGCUGGUUUCCCUCUUCUUGGCGGUUAAGCGGUUAUAUCCAGUUAUAUAAGCUUAUACAACGUAUUCAUCAGUUGAACUCAGUUGAGUUCCCGACGUUCAGGAACAUUUAAGAAGUUGACCGAGCUGUCGCCGGAGUACAAGGCGAGAUUCAUGGCGGUUGACGAUGACAGUGAUGGGAUAGGUACAGCUGUGGUGGCGGCCACAGUUUGGGCGGCCACAGUUUG